CCCCCCCUCCUCCCCUCCCCGCCCGGCUGAGAGGGGUCGGGGGAGGGGGCAGCAUGGCCUGGCCGCCCGGCCCCUUUUCCAACGCUCAGCUGCCCCGGGAGUGCGGCUGUGUUCCUCGCGGGGAGAAGAGGUCCGGAUGGAGACGGAAGCCAGCCCGCCCGGCCUCGCCUCCUCCGACUCUCCCCACGACCCCUGCAAAAUGUUCAUCGGAGGACUGAGCUGGCAAACCACGCAAGAAGGCUUGCGGGAGUAUUUCAGCCAGUUUGGCGAGGUGAAGGAGUGCCUGGUCAUGAGGGACCCGCUGACAAAGCGAUCCAGGGGGUUCGGGUUUGUCACGUUCAUGGACCAAGCUGGCGUGGACAAGGUUCUGGCCCAAUCCAGACACGAACUGGACUCCAAGACGAUUGAUCCGAAGGUGGCAUUUCCUCGCAGAGCACAACCCAAGAUGGUGACACGGACCAAGAAGAUAUUUGUGGGAGGCCUAUCUGUGAACACCACUGUGGAGGAUGUAAAACAGUAUUUUGAGCAAUUUGGGAAGGUGGAUGAUGCUAUGCUCAUGUUUGACAAGACGACUAACCGGCACCGAGGGUUUGGUUUCGUCACAUUCGAAAGUGAAGAUAUUGUGGAGAAAGUCUGCGAGAUCCACUUCCACGAGAUCAACAACAAAAUGGUGGAAUGUAAAAAAGCUCAGCCAAAGGAAGUGAUGUCCCCCACUGGCUCUGCAAGGGGGCGGUCCCGAGUGAUGCCUUAUGGGAUGGAUGCCUUUAUGCUUGGGAUUGGCAUGUUGGGCUACCCUGGCUUCCAGGCUGCCACCUAUGCCAGCCGGAGUUACACGGGCCUCGCGCCUGGCUACACUUAUCAGUUUCCUGAAUUCCGUGUAGAGCGGACCCCUCUCCCGAGUGCCCCCGUCCUCCCUGAGCUCACAGCCAUUCCUCUCACUGCGUACGGACCAAUGGCGGCAGCAGCAGCUGCAGCAGCUGUGGUGCGAGGGACAGUUUUGCUUCCUCCUGCAGGCUCCACCCCGAGCCGCACCGGUGGCUUCUUGGGCACUACCAGUCCUGGGCCAAUGGCAGAACUUUACGGAGCAGCCAAUCAGGAGUCAGGAGUCAGCAGUUACAUCAGUGCAGCAAGUCCUGCCCCAAGUACCGGCUUUGGCCACAGCCUAGGGGGGCCUUUGAUUGCAACAGCUUUCACUAAUGGUUACCACUGAAGUUGUGAACCAAGAAAGAAGG